CGUCGCCAGCGUGCAGUUCGUCCUAUCAGUCUGUCUCCUUCCACUCUAGUCUUAAGGAUGUGGCGUUUGACGGCGACGCUGCUGCUGGUCUCCCUGGCCUCCGCUUCGCCAAGAGCAGGUUAUUACUACAAACCAAAUCGAGGCUUCAACCCUCAGUGUCCCGUGAUCACCUCUGUGGUGUACGACACGAUCCUCCAAACCACAGUGCACGUCACCACCAUACAAGACAUCAGCACUCAGGUUGUCACUACCACAUUAUUCAGGCAGCAGAUCGUGCCCACCACCUUUCUGGAGACGACCGUGCAGACGCAGGUCCAGGUCCAGACCAGUAUCGUGCAGAGCACCUCCACCGUUUUCGGUGACGUGCUGGUGACGCAGACCGUGCAAGGCUCUGACACGCAAGAGACACGCUUUGUCACCACCACACGCGUCGAGUCACAGGUUAGCUUCAUCACACAGACACAAGUCAGGACGCAAGUGGUGCCCGUGGAAGUGACUCGCACUCAGCUGGAAACCAUCACGGAGUCCUUCACCAAUACGGUGACAGAGACGCAAAUUCAUACCAGCGUAUCUACGAUCACCGGACCUGACGUUGUGCGGACGCGCGUCCAAACCGUGCUGCAGACGUCCCUCGUGACGAUUGACGUGCCGGGCACCACCCGCUUUGUGACGUCCACAGUGGUGCAGCAGCAGCUUCAGACAACCGUGGUGCGCGGGGAUGAUGUUCUCAGGACUAGUCUGGUACAGAGUCAGCAAUUCAUUGCCUUCACGACCUUCACCACCCUCGUGGAGACCGCUAUCGCCACUCAGGAGGUGAUCGUCACCACCACCAACACCGCCACUCAAACACAGGUUCAAACACAGUUUAUAACUCGGGAGGUGGUAGAGACCCAGGUAGUACCCACCACAACCUUCAGUACCAUCAUAGAGACGCUACUCCAGCCCUUCACGCAGGUGCAAACCGUGACCAGCACCUCAUUUGUCACGGUGGGGGGCGGCAUCCAGACUCAGGAGGUGACACACACCUCAUUCGUUGAGGUGUCGGGAGGCGACAAUGUCUUCACCAGAGAGAUCCUGAAGACACGUGCUCAACAGCAGGUCGUGUUCCAGACCGUGACUCGCCCCUUUAAGGUCGUGUUGACGAAAACCGUCACAGGGUCCUGCGGGCCUGUUGUCGACUACGGAUAUUUUUAAGGAAUUAAUUUCAAAAGAAUAUGAAAUCACAGUUGUUCUGAUUUUAGGCACACUGACACAUAACAGUAGCAACACAAGACUCAGCAACAGGGUGUAUGAAUGUAAUGUAUAUUAAAUUCUGUAAUGUGU